UCCUCUGAACACCGCGUUGUCUUUUCCUAACUCCUCAUGAACUCUCCUUCCCAUCGUUCCUUGACCGCGUGUCGUUUUCCACAGAGGUCAAGGAGAAGUGGUUAGGAAUCGACGUUAGGAGGUCAUCAUUGACUAUUCGGCCGCAGCCUUGGUCGCCAUGUCUCGAGGAGAAACGCUGAGACUGUUGGUGAAGCAGCGAGUCCACGCGGUCGUUGAAGAGGCUUUUGGGCUGUUGGACACAUUAACAGCAGCUUAUGAGGACUCCGUUUGUGCUCUAAGAGAACAGGAGCGACUCACAUCAGAUGUCCAGCAGCUGUUUGUGAUUACAGCAGAUGUCCCCCCUGAGUGCCUGGACCUGAACCAGGAGGACCCGGAGCCCCUCUACAUAAAAGAGGAGCCAGAGCCCCUCCACAUAAAAGAGGACCUGGAGGAUCUCUACAUAAAAGAGGACCCGGAGCCCCCCUGCAUAAAAGAGGAGCCGGAGCCCCUCCACAUAAAAGAGGACCUGGAGGAUCUCUGGACCCGUCUAGAGGGAGAGCAGCUUACGGUGCUGGAGGAGGCCGAUAUCACCAAGUUCUCAUUCACUGUUGUUACUGUAAAGAGUGAAGAUGACAAACCUCAGACCUCACGGCUUCAUCAAAGCCAGACGGAGGACAACAGAGAGGCGGAGCCUCCAGCCGGCAGGUCAGCUACACCAAUACAAACAGAAGCUGAUGGAGAGGACUGUGGGGGAUCAGGACCAGCCAGGAACCUAAAUCCACAUCGUCAUUCACAUCCAAAUGCUGAUGAUGAAAAGUCUUCAGAAUCUUCUGAGACUGAAGUCAGUUGUGGUGAUUGUCAAGAAGCGUUGUCAGAUUCUGGACCUGAAAGUGAAGACAGGGACAAUGUCUGGAAGGAGACCAGGGCACCUGAGUCUGCUGCACAUGCCCUGAAAUAUAAGGAUGCCCUUGUAAGUCAUGUGGGAUGUAACACUAGCAACAAAUCCAAUGAAUCACCAUCAAAAGUGCUCACGAAAGAGAAACCAAACAAAUGUGAUGUUUGUGGGAAAAGAUUUACAUCACAGGGAAAUCUGAAGGCACACAUGAAAAUCCACACAGGAGAGAAACCAUUUGGUUGUGAUGUUUGUGGGAAAAGAUUUACAACACAGGGAAGUGUGAAGACACACAUGAAAAUCCACACAGGAGAGAAACCAUUUGGUUGUGAUGUUUGUGGGAAAAGAUUUACAACACAGGGAAGUGUGAAGACACACAUGAGAUUCCACACAGGAGAGAAACCAUUUGGUUGUGAUGUUUGUGGGAAAAGAUUUACAACACAGGGAAGUGUGAAGAGACACAUAAGAGUCCACACAGGAGAGAAACCAUUUGGUUGUGAUGUUUGUGGGAAAAGAUUUACAGCACAGGGAAGUGUGAAGACACACAUGAAAAUCCACACAGGAGAAAAACCAUUUAGUUGUGAUGUUUGUGGAAAAAGAUUUACAUGUCAGGGACAUCUGACGACACACAUGAGACUCCACACAGAAGAGAAACCAUUUGGUUGUGAUGUUUGUGGGAACAGAUUUACAGCACAGGGAAGUGUGAAGACACACAUGAUGGUCCACACAGGAGAGAAACCAUUUGGUUGUGAUGUUUGUGGGAAAAGAUUAAGCCUGAAGCAAAAUCUGAAGAGUCACAUGAGAGUCCACACAGGAUAGAAUGUGUUUCUUCCAGUAGUGACGGAUUAAUGAUGUAAGUUGUUCUCAUUCAUUUUUGUUUAUUAAAAAACUAUGUUCAUAGUUUUUAAAUAUUUCCUAUGUCAUUUGUUUCUACAUGAGAUGGAAGGCAAAGUGUUUUCUAAACAUUUGAUGAAUCUUUAUUGAAAACAAUGACAACAUACUGAAUGUCUGUG